AUGCGGCGUGCGCCGCUCGCGCAACCUGCCGCCGUCGCUUUUGCGCUCUUCGUUCUUUUCCACUUCGUCAAAGCUGGAUCAAUGGGCCCUGGUGUGCCUGAGAACAUAACUGUGACUUUCUUAAACCCAACGACGGUAAGAGUUUCGUGGUCCACCGCUGCGGAUCUUGUAGAGAAAUAUGACGUCACGUACAAACCAUCUGAUGCGAGUUACAGAGUGGUGUUAGAAGUGGCGGGUAACUCUGACGCCGUCAUUCUUAGCGGACUCGAGGCAGAUACACAGUAUCAGGUUACUGUAGCGGCUCUUUGGGGAGGAUAUAAGUACCGCAGCAGGCCUAUUGUCUUCCGCACGCUGGAGCCCCCUCGGACUUCGCCGCAGCAGGACGGGGGGUUGGUGGGCGCUACGCCCCGUUCUUCAGUCUCACCGCCCGAUCCUUCGCCCACCUUCCCCACGAUACGAGGCGUGGAGAUUGGCAUUGUCGUUUUAGUGCUGAUCGUAUGGAUCGGAGCGAUAGCCUUAUUCUUCAACCGCUGGGGAAAGAUUCGAAUGUUGCUGCCUUACCAACCAGACUAUAAACAGGAGCAGCUAAAGGUGGAAGAGUGCACAUCUCAUUGCAUUGGCUGCAGCGACCGCUGGUGGUACUUGCGGAGGUCAUUCGGCACCGUCAGCCUGUUCGGAUGUGUGCUGUCUUCUGGAUCGUUGCUUCCAAUACCCGAGACGGAGCGCCCGCGACUGUGGCUGUCAAUUCGCUCUGCUGCACGCGGCGCCAGACGAGCAAAAUCAGAACAGCUAGCGGAGUCCAGCCCGCGUAAACGCGCGGGCUUGCCCCCACUGCCAAUGCCGGUGUGCCGGUUGCGACCACCAAGCGAGUUCCUAAGGCGCCAUGGGUCACAAUCAAAACUUUGUCGCAAAGCUAGAUCUGCAGACAACAUACCGCUUACAACAAUGAGUGACUCUUCUGAGCGACUCUGCAAAGCUAAAGCUCCGCGAGAAGAAACUAUAAACGAAGAAGCUAGUAAAUCCGACGACAGUGGAAGUGUUGAGACGGUUAGACACUUCGGCCUUCCUAUCCUCUCAGUUUCUGGUCCCUCGCCUCCUGACGAAGAUUAUGAUCAGAUUGAUGAGUACCUG